UCUCUCUUCAACUUCCAUCAAUACCACCAUCGACUACAAUCCCUCCCCAACAAUUCACCAAUUAACCAGAAAAUCAUGUCGACGUCAGACCAAACCCUCGCCAUUAUCGGGUGCGGAAAAAUGGGCACCGCAAUCCUCAACGGCCUCCUCCACGCCCAGCCCACCCCCACCACCACCGACAGCCCCAAUCCCUCACUCCCAGACACCUUCAUCGCGACCGUCCGCAGCCCGGCCUCUCUCGAAGCCCUAAAAGCCCAGUUCGCGUCCAAAGUAACCAUCGCCUCCUCAUCCUCCAACCCCUCCGCAAUCGGCAACGCAACCACCGUCCUCCUGGCCUGUGAUCCAGCCGACAUCCCCUCCCUCCUCACCGAUCCCGACAUCCACGCCACGCUCUCCUAUACCUCCAAUAAUACCUCCCCGCUCCCGAAGCUCCUAAUCAGUAUCGCCGCCGGCUGGACCGUCUCCGCCCUGACUGCCCUCCUCCCCGAGACCGUUCAAUCCCGCGUACACAUAAUCCGCGCGCUCCCUAAUAUCGCAGCCCAGAUCUCUCAGUCUAUAACUGCGAUUGAGAUUCCAGCACAGGGGGUCAUUCAGGAGCAUCUGGAUCUGACGGAGGCGAUAUUUAAGCAGAUUGGACGUACGGUGCGCGUGAAGCCGGAGCAGAUGGAUACGUUUACGGUGCUCGGGGGAUCGACGCCGGCGUUUGUGGGCGUUUUUGCCGAGGCGUUGGUGGAUGGCGCGGUGGCGAUGGGAUUUGGGAGGGAGGAGGCGAGGAUGGUGGUGGCGCAGGUGUUGAGGGGCACGGGGGAUUUGUUGCUUGGUGGGGAGCAUCCGGCUCUUUUGAAGGAUAGGGGGACUUCGCCUGGGGGGUGUACGAUGGGAGGGUUGAUGGUGCUUGAGGAGGGGGGUUUUCGGGGGUUGGUUGCGAGGGCGGUUAGGGAGGGGGUCACAGUUGCUGGGGAAAUGGGGAAAGGGGAUGGAGGGUUGGUUAAUGGAACGAGGAGGGGAGGGAGGUAG